CCUUUGAGGAUCGAAUAUAUGCCGAAAAUGUCCCAAGAGGUUUUCUUCCUGCAACUGGAACCCUACACCACUACCGGCCAGUCCCUGUUACCCCAACAGUGAGAGUCGAAACGGGAGCAGAGGAAGGAGAUACUGUCAGCAUGCAUUAUGAUCCAAUGAUUGCUAAGCUUGUGGUGUGGGGCGAAACUCGCAAUGCUGCAUUGGUCAAACUAAAGAGCUGCUUGUUAAACUUUCAGAUUGAAGAUAGUAAUUCUCCUGCUUUGGAUGUCAAAGCUGUGCGCAUAGGAAACAAUUAUUUCAGAGUUGAAGCUGGUGGUCUGCAUAUGAAUGUUACUUUAGCAUCUUAUUCUAAGGAGGGAACAAAGUUGCUAUCCGGAUGUUCUAGUCCAAGGAAAGAAUUCCUGUCCAGGCAGAGCAACAGAUGGAAGAAAACAUGCUUCUAGGCAACGGGAUUGUCUUUUCAAGGUUAUUCGAAGCCCUACCUUAUGAUGGUUCUGGAGACAAGAUCAAGCUACCGCCUUCUUGCUUCAAAGAGCUAUCUGAUCAAGGAGCCCUGUAUAAAGGUUCUAUGUACUUUAGGUUGUCCAAAGUUAGUGAAGGAGGUCCCCCAACUUCUAAUUCCAGCGAAAAUCAAGAUAUGAAAACAACAACUCAUUCAGGAGUCCUCGAAUUCACUGCACGAGAAAAUUCUGCAGAGCUGCCUCGGCAUGUCUGGACAAAAUUAUUCCCUGGUAACAACGUUGA